AUGGCUCCCACGGAUUCUGGAUCCAAGCAAGAUACUGAUUUUGAGCUGCCAUCUCCCAGCGAGAAUGGUUUCCAUGUGUCAUGGCCUGCAGACUUUGGUUUCAAACCAGCGAGUUCGGCCCCAAACUCACCAACUGUGCAGAGCUCACCUUCUGUACGGCCAAAAGCAUUUUCGAGUAUCUCAGAGGAGAGCGAACAAUCAGUCAGCGAGACUGAGCAUCGCAACGAUGAUAUUGGUUUGACCAACGAAAGCAGGGGAAAAGACAUCACCGCGACCUUGUCGAUGCUUGAAGGUGCACCUACUAUGAAAAACGCUGGCUCAAGUACUGGUCCGCAACUUCUGAAGACACGCUCCGGUACGUCAAGGCUGUCGCAGACAAAUUCCAAGGAUGGCGGCCAGAAUCUUGUACAUAACGCACGCAGCGACCGCGUUCCAUCGUACAUGCUGCCUACGCCGGCUUCAGAAGCGCGUAAGAACAACACUAUCCCUCCGCCGGGCGUCGUCCGCAACAAUGCGAGUACGCCAAGCCUGAGUACUCGUCGAGCGUCUCAGAACGUCAAAGUCCCAUUUACAAACGACCCUAGCAAAGGUCGCUUUCCUGCCCCAGACAAGCAGACCUCAGUGUCUGAGCUCUGUGGUGCUGGCCGAAGCGGUUGCGUGACGCCUAUUAAUUUUGUUUCUCGUAGUGCAACACCAGUUGCUCGUCCUAGUGUGGGCAGCCAGCUUCAAGGUCAGACGACUACCACUACACCAAAACCCAACGCCAAAACAGAACCGAACCAACGUGUGUCGAUCGGACAUAUCAGAAUAUCUCGUCAGUCGCCUCAUCCUAUAGAGACAUCCCGCGAUGGAACUUUCCCACCAACCCGACCCAGAAGCGGAUCGAAGGGCAAAGCAGUCUUGAACAAUCUCAAGGGCUUGUUUUCUGUUAGAAGACACGGUCCGCCAACCCCUGGCCACAGUGGUAGGAGAUUCUCAAUCGGCAGCCGUAAAUCAGUAUCGACAGAAGCUGAUGUCCCGGAUGUGCCUGCCCUUCCUACAGUGCCCCCUAUGCCUGCUGUACCGACAGGAUCUGCUCUGCCGGAGUCCAGACUGAAGUCUACUCCGAAAAGCAUCUUGGUCAAAAAGACUGCCACAGAGGAAAAUCAAUCUUCCAACUCUGAAGCUUCGAAGGAAUCUUGCAUUUCGCCGAGAUUUAGACGGAAAUCAACUGGCGAGGGUGAUCUGUUGAAGGAAGUACCUGAGAAGGACAGACCUUCACUCCAUCGUAAGACCUCGAAGCAUAAAGUCGCUGCUACUGAGUCAAACCAAGAGGGCUCGGAGAAGCCAACAAGCGACUCGAUUGCACUCAUGGAGAUGGUUCUCACUCUUCGUCAACAAGCCUCUAGGGAAGACGACCUUGUUCGUAAGGAGCGCAUGACAUCGUUCGCCCAAGUCAUGCUUGAUACUGUCACCAAUGCAGUGGAAGCCGAGCGAAAUAUGUAUGCCGCAAUGCAGGCGGCAGAGCAGGCAAAGAUGUCGUACAUGAUGACUCAACAGAGUGUUCAGGAGAUGAACAAGAUUGUCUCGACGUCUCACCAACAGCCUCUGUUUAAGAAAAAGAAGCGAGCGGACAACAAUGUCUGA